GCGGCGCGCGCGCUGGCCUGGAGGCCGACUUGGAGGCCCAUCUGGAGGCCGAGCUGGCCCGGCAGGCAGUGCGCGGGCAAUAUGGCGGCGCCCGGCGAGAGGGGCCGCUUCUACGGCGCGAGCCUCUUCUCUUUUCUGCCCGGCGGCGCGCGCUCCGAGGUGAUGGACGACCUAGUGACCGAUGCGCGCGGCCGGGGCGCGGGGCGGAGAGAUGCCGCUGCCUCGGCCCCGACGCCAGCCCCGGCGACGACCUCCGAUUCUCAGGGCGCCGAGGAGGACACGUCCCGGAGGCGGCCCUGCAGGGCCUGCGUGGACUUCAAGACGUGGAUGCGGACGCAGCAGAAGCGGGACGGCAAGUUUAGGGAAGAUUGUCCUCCGGAUCGCGAGGAACUGGGCCGCCACAGCUGGGCCGUCCUCCACAGCCUGGCCGCCUACUACCCGGAUCUCCCGACCCCGGAACAGCAGCAGGACAUGGCCCAGCUCAUACAUUUAUUUUCCAAGUUUUACCCGUGUGAGGAGUGUGCUGAAGACAUAAGGAAGAGGAUAUGCAGGAACCAGCCGGACACGCGCACUCGGGCACGCUUCACCCAGUGGCUGUGCCACCUGCACAACGAAGUGAACCGCAAGCUGGGCAAGCCGGACUUUGACUGCUCGCAAGUGGACGAGCGCUGGCGGGACGGCUGGAAGGACGGGUCCUGCGACUAAGCGGCGGCGGCAGAGCCGUGGGACAGCAGCCGGGGCCUGCGGGCAGCCGGGGCCUGCGGGCAGCCUGGCCAGGGGGGGGCGGCGCACUCAGUAAAGUGCAUCCAAACCGGA